AUGUCCGAAGAAAAAGAUAUGAGUAAGGAGGGUUGUCCGGAAGAAGAGCUUGAGGAUGAUGAUAUGGCGACUAUAAAUGCUGUAGGUGAUAAAGUUAGUAUACAAAAAAUAUUAGAAGGCAUGACCAAUGAGUUUAAUCGAAGUAUUCAUAACAAUUCAGCUGCUAAGAGUAUUGAGGAACAGCAACAAGAUGAUAAUAGCUCUAAGAUCGGUACUGAUGCUGAGUAUUUAGAUGAAGAGGAUAUUAAUAAUGAUAAUGACGAUGAUAAUGAUCAAAUUAAUGAUAUUGGUCUAGACAAAGAGUCUGAGUCUGUGGAUAUUAAUAGUAUUAACGCUGAAGAUCAUCAGCAGAUUGAAGAAGAAGAAGAUGAUGUUGAAGCUGAAGCUGAACCUCAAGAAGAAGAAGAAGAAGAAGAAGAAGAAGAAGAAGAGGGAGAGGGAGAAGAACAGGAAGAAGUGGGACUGGUUGAGAGCCUUGAAGAUCCGGAAAUUAUUGAGUUGCCUCGAGCUGAAACCAAAAAGGAUAACAUUCCAAGGAUUGUUUUGACCUUUAGGACGAUUGAUGAAACGACUAAUGAUGGCAGGAAGACUAAAAUAUCUAGUUGCGCUUCUAAUUUAAGCUUAGUACCGGAUGAACUUAGAGAAAUAGCUUCAAUUGAACCUGCGGUAGUUGAUCAAGAGAAGAAAGAUCAAGAAGACCAAGAAGGAUCAUCUGGUGUCACUACUGGUGAUAAUCAGGAACCUUCGACGAGAAAGCGGAGGAGAAGGACGAGAUUCAGAGCUUUUAGUGACUCAACUGAAGAAACACCUAGUCUAAAACGGUCCGCUCGCCGACUUUGUAAGGAAUCUGGCAAGAGCACGGUCUUAGAAAGUGCCAUGGCGAUUAAAGAAAAGUCUUAUUCUACUGAAGAGAAUAAAAAACGGAAAUACACUAAGCCGGGUCGACCUAGACGGGCUAAUGUUAAGGAAGUUAAAGUUGUUAACUCUUAUACUGAGCACAAUAAUUAUUCUGACAAUUCUAUUAAUGAUUCUAAAGUCUCCAGUCCGGGAGAUAGUACUGCUAAUGAUACAUCUUUGAUUGAGGAUCCACAAAAUUCGUCGGUUGAGUAUGAGGGUAUGCCUAAACUGUCGCCUAUGGUUAAAGAUUCACCGGCUAAGAUUGAAACUGUUGAUGAUAGCUCGGCUUCGGAUGUUGAUAAACCGUUUUUGAAACCCGCGGGAAGGAAGAAGGACCGUGGAAGACCUAGGAAUAAUAGCUAUGUUAGGAAAAUUAUUAAAAAUGAUUCUUUUGAAGAUGGAUCUUCAGCUGCAGAAGCUGGAAAAAAUAAUGACUAUCCAGAAGAAUAUCACGUCCCAAUGAAAAGAACUCGUAGAACUAUGGUGCCAAGUCCCAGUCCAGCUGAGGGACAAGCAUCAAAACCAGAAUCAUCAGCAGUAUUUAGUGAGACUUAUGAACAAUCGAUGAUAUGUUUGUGUCAAGUGAGAUCGCAGCUAUACGUAACGAUAACAGGAUCAGGAACCCCGCUAUUUUGCACAGCGAUAGAUUCAAUAGACAACAGAUUAAUAGGAUGUUGUAAUGAAGUAGAUGGCAAUGACGUAGCAAUGAGACGGCCGAGUACACGAGUGCCAUUUAUUAUUUUAUGCCGUGCUCAUAAAGAACGCUUAUUACGUCACAAUUGCUGUCCGUCGUGUGGUUUAUUUUGUACUCAAGGUAAAUUUGUACAAUGUAUAACCGGACAUCAAUUUCAUCGUGACUGUGAAGUUUACGUCAACAAAAAACCUGUUUGUCCUCACUGUGCCAAUGAGACGUCUAAUGUCGACGUUUUGAUAACCAUGACGGGAUCUCGUAAGCCUGUUUAUAUUCCUACAAGGAGAAAAUUUUCGAAACUUCCCUCUGCGAAAAUGAGUUUGCCUGGUAAGGGUGAUAACACUAAACUCGCGGAAAGACCACCGAGUCCUUUGGUAAAGCCGGAGGAUAUUAAGAUACCUGAAGUCACUGUGAAUGCCAACGAACGUCCAGAGCGAUUUACUAUUAUAAGUCUUUAUACUUCUGUUAAAAAUGGCGAUUUAGAUAAAUUAGUCAAUGUUUUAGCCUGUGGUUAUAAUGCUAAUCACUCAUUUCGUGAGUACUCACAUCGUACAGCGCUUCAUAUAGCUGCCGACCGCGGUCACUUGGGAUGUGUUCAUGCGCUGGUUCAAGCUGGUGCUCAAUUAGAUGUUUUGGAUAAAAAUCAAUUGACACCUUUGAUGCUAGCUGCAAUGGAAGGAAAGACUGAAAUUGUACGUUAUUUAGUACGUGUUGGUGCUGACGUUACGCUUAAGGGAGAAGAUGGUAUGACUGCUUUACAUAUGGCUGCUAAGUCUGGACAUCUUGAGUCCUGUAAGAUUAUUUUGUCUGAAUGUAAAGUGCCUAGGACUUUAGUAGAUUCUGUUGAUGAUGGUGGAUGGACGAGUUUAAUUUGGGCUUGUGAAUUCUGUCAUACAGACGUAGCACGAUUUUUAAUAGAGAAAAAAUGUGAUCCUUUGAUAAGAGACGCCGAACAAAAUAUAGCCUUGCACUGGAGUGCUUAUAGCGGUAGUUCUGAGAUUACAGAGAUGUUAUUGAACGAAGGUUGCGAUGUCAAUGCUGUUAAUGUUCAUGGUGACACUCCGUUACAUAUAGCAGCACGACAGGACCAGUAUGCUGUUAGCGUUUUGUUGCUAGCACGCGGUGCCAAAGUAUCAGAAGUUAAUGCUGCUGGAGAGACGGCUAUAAAUUGCUGCACGACUGAUGGUGAUACCAUGGCAGCGUUGAGAUUAAAUGCCAAAGUUAUUGAAUUGUCAGAGAAUAUGUGGGAAAAAACAACAAGAAUUCUUACUAAUGAUAUUUCCCGUGGUAAAGAAUCAAAUCCUAUACAGUGUGUUAAUGGGUUUGAUUCUGAGGAUAAGCCCACUGAUUUUUUGUAUGUUGUGGAAAAUUGUUUUACAAGUAAUAUUAAUGUCGAUAGAACAAUAACUUCGUUGCAGUCCUGUCACUGCGAAGAUAAUUGUAGCUCGGAAAAAUGUCUUUGUGGUAAUAUUAGUUUAAGAUGUUGGUAUGAUGAAGAAGGAAAAUUAAUUCCGGAGUUUAAUUAUGCUGAUCCACCAAUGUUAUUUGAGUGUAAUCAAGCCUGUGCUUGCAAUAGAAUAACGUGCAAUAACCGUGUAGUUCAACAUGGAUUGACUCAGCGAUUCCAACUAUUUAGAACGAAAGGGAAAGGAUGGGGUCUAAGAAGUUUACGCCAUAUACCUAAAGGUAGUUACGUCUGUGAAUAUGUCGGGGAGAUAAUAUCUGAUUCAGAAGCUGAUCAUCGUGAAGAUGAUUCUUACCUUUUUGAUUUGGAUAAUCGAGAUGGAGAGACUUAUUGUAUUGAUGCAAGGCGAUAUGGUAAUCUAGCACGUUUUAUAAAUCAUUCAUGUGCUCCUAACUUACUUCCAGUACGUGUUUUCGUUGAGCAUCAGGAUUUACAUUUUCCUAGGAUAGCAUUUUUCGCAAAUCGUAAUAUUGAAGCUGACGAAGAACUCGGAUUCGAUUAUGGAGAAAAGUUUUGGAUAAUAAAAUAUAAAUCAUUUACGUGUACAUGUGGUGCAUUAAGUUGUCGAUACUCGGAGAAAACAAUCCAAGUAACGUUAGAUAAUUACAGAAAAAAAAUCCAACAAGAAGAGAUAUUAGCUGGCCAAUUAAAUUAA